AGUGGAUGAGUUGUGGUUGUACUGCAGAUGGCGCAUUUCGGCAUUGCCGUAGUUAUUGAUCAUUCCCACUCGUUUUCCGAAUCAGAACAGGUGAGAGCAUCCCGUGGACAUGCGCGCCGGCGGUAGCCGCUCAGAGUCACAAUUCGUCGACGUGAAAAUGGACGCCGAAGCCAAACACUGGACUGCUUUGGCCAACGGUACAUCGCGCGAUGCCCGUGCGGCUCAGGUGUUUCUGAAAUUCCUGGUGCCUUUGGAACGAACAUGCCAGCUGAUCGAACAGUCCAAUCUGAAGGAUAUUUCCGAACUGGCGGAAAGCGCGGCUGUACAAUUGACGGAUCUUUGGCAGGAAUCGCAGAUAGCGGCGUUUCCGGAGGAUCGUAUGCGCAUCCUUUUCAGCUAUUUCGAACAAUCGAUAGUGCAGGCCAUUCAAAAUGCCAGCGCAACUGUUAACGUGUGGUCCGGUAGUUUCUACGAGGUGGAAGAGUUUUUAACUGACUGCCGCGAUGUCUGUGAUAAGUGGUUGGACUUGUGUCGGAAUUUGACGGAAGAAAUGUGGGCCGAAUUUUCCCGGCGGAGCUGGACAUCGGGGCCGGUCACGUGUCAGUUGCUGGAAACGAUGAAGGCUCGCGUCAGAGAGAUAUGGGAUAUUCGUACGGUGGUGCGCGAUGCCGAAGAUCUUUUGGGUUCUUUUGGGAAACGGUCACCUCUGGAACCUCUUAUUAGCAGCGGUGCGGCUUGCUUCGACCUUUCGACAUCUGGAAACGCGGCGUGGGCCAAUGCUACCUAUCAGUUCGAAGCCCGAAUUCGAAGCUACGACGAAGCGAUUGUUGAGCAUCUGCGGAAUGCCUUGAGAAAGGUCACAUCCACUCCACUGCAGAUGUUCGUCGAAUUUCAAAAAUUUGCCAGCUUUUUGAAACGACCAAGGAUUAGGAAGGAUUUGUUGCCGGAAAGAGAAAUCAUGUUGUCGCAACUGGGUGAUAUUAUAUCUGAUUAUGAGCAAGAGUUUGCAAAAAGUGACGCGUCUACGUAUAUGAAUCAGUCGAAAACGGUUUCAAGGAUGAUUUGGCUGCGCCAAGUAAACUUAAAGAUCGAAGAAACGGACACAGGACUGGUUAACGCGCUGUCUGAUUUGCCCAAAUUCGAUAAAGUGUACGCACGAUUGACGGCACUCAAAGACAAUGUUAAGGAGACUUUGCAGAGGGUUUUCGACGAAUGGUGCGAUGAUCUGAUGCGGAUGUUGCAAGAUCCCAGAGGCGAUUUAAGUUUGGAUACUUCCGGUCAUCUCAUGAAAAUCGAGCAGCAAGACGGAAGGCUAACGGUGAACUUCAGCGAUCGCCUGGUUAUGUUGAUCCGGGAAGUGCGCUGGUUGGAGAGCGUCGGGUAUCGAGUGCCAGCGGAGAUUAUGGAGCGAUGCCAGUUGGCGAAGAAAUUCCAUGAAUCAGGGAUUGUGUUAAUGCAAGUGGCGCAUUUCUAUAAUACCAUUGAUCAGCAGAUGAUUCCUUGUCAAAAGCCCAUGAUGAUUGAGUCGGCAGAACGCUUCGAACAAAUUAUUCGCCACGGAAAGGGUAAUGCGUCUGGAGGUGGUGCGGAAAUUCGAUGGAGCGAUACAAAACGGGUGGAAGCUUAUGUUAACGAUGUGCACGAUGCAACUAUGGAAUUUACCCAAGAAAAUCGCCGUUUGCGUUCUCUGCACCAGAAGGUCAUCUCUCUGAUUGCGCAGAUGAGUGGAACAAGCCUCUCGCAGAAGACAACUGAGUGGAAAAAAUUACUGAACGAAAUUCAUAAAAUUGUGACGUCAGUUGCGGUUGAUGCCCAGAGGUAUCCGCCGGAAAAUAUGCUGUCAUGGCGUGUCCACAUCGAUAACCAAAUUGUUAAAGCCAUUGAGAUUCAGCUGCGACGUAGUCUUUUGGCUUUGGCUGAAAAUCUCCCGGAACAGCAGGUUGACUUUGUCUAUCGCAACCGGAUGCUGCAAGUUAAGCCAUCCAUUCCCGAACUGCGGCAAACCUUCUCACAGCACAUGCAGAAAUUAUUUGCUGUUCCGGCAACGUUGAAACCGCUCAGCGAGAUAAGUGAGAAACGCGGAUUAUUCAAACAAGCGGCACAAAAUUGUCAUAUAGAAGCGGCGAUGGCUCAACGGAAUUUUGAUGAUGUUUUAAAGAGGAUCGGCGAAGAAAUGGAAGAAUAUAGGCCCUAUGUGAUAUUGGGUGCCGUUGAUAUACCUGCACUAGUGAAUUCACGUGUCAGUGUUGUCCAAGACUGGGAUCAGGAAUUCAAAGCGCUGAAGUAUCGAGGUUUAUUAGUGGACCAAAUCCCUACGCAAACGAAAGUGGAUAGCAUGACCAUCAAUUUAGGCGGUCUGCGGAUGGCCAUUGAUGGCCUUCUGCAGAAUACUUACGAUGCGCUUGUGGACAGUCUUCGGAAAUCCAUUGCCGACGAUAUUCAAACGGCGGCGGAUUUCGUGACAGAAGCAACGGCCUUGCUGGCUAGCCGGCCGGCAACGACGGAGGAAUUAAAUAAGCUGUCUACAGAGUACUAUCGUCUGCUUAAAGUUUCGGAAGAAAUAAAGCCUCGCUUUUCCAUUGUUGAAGAAAAGGGUGCGCUCUUGAAAUCAGUUGGUGCAAGAAAUAUCGAGAAGUCCGAGAGUGUCCUUCGCUCGUGGAAUGGGAUAAUGGAAAUGCUGGAAGAUCACAAAUCUGUCAUGAGAGACCAGACGGCAUCCUUGCGUUUGCUGAUUGAAAAAGAUGUUAAAAAAUUCAAUGACGAUGUGGAGAAAUUCGCCGCGCGUUGGCAACUGAAUCGGCCCAGUGUUUCUCUUCUGGAUGAUCUCAGCAUUUUUCAAAUGGGCCAAGUAGCGGAGAACAUCCGGACUCGACGGGAUGACCUGCAGGUUAUGGCUAAACGAUACGAUGAAAUCCUAGCACAAUGUAAUCAGCUGGAUAUGGACAUUCUGCCCAACAACGCUAUCCCGGAAUUACUUAAGGAAAUGGACGCAGCUGAAAAAUCCUGGAAGGAUAUUCUGGAAUUUGUCGAGCAGCUGGAUGGAUUUUUGAAGGAAGACUGGUUAAUUUUCCGGAAUAAAUUGUACCUGUUUGAGGACUUUCUCAAAACAUGGACGAUAAAAAUGCAACCGGUGGUUCCUACUUCGUUCACCUUACGGAUCCAGGCGGAAAUGGACAGGUUCCGGGCUGCUUUACCCGUGCUUAAGACGUGUCGAGGAGAUGCGUUUUCUGAUGAGCACUGGGGAGAAUUGUUUAGGAUAUUGUCACUGAACAAUACCAACCUGGAUAUGCUGACCUUUGGUGACUUCCUCCGGUCCACCGAGGCACUGGGAAAUAACGCCCAGACCAUACGGGAUCUGGCUAGUCGUGCACAAGCAGAGAUAUCCAUCCGUGAAGCGUUGCGGGAACUGGAAAUAUGGGGCGCCACCGCCGGUUUUAGCCUGACCGCUUACAAGGAUGCCGCAAAUAAUUCCAUUUCGAUUGUUAAGGAGUGGACCAUUCUGCUGUCCUCUGUUGGAGAAAAACAGCGGCUAAUCCAGUCAACGAAAGAUUCCCAGCACUACGGGAAAUUUUCGGACCGCAUUGCUGUAUGGGAGCAGCGUCUCGGUGAUCUCAGCUUUCUCCUGGAAACUUUACACCAAAUCCAGCGAAAAUGGAUCUAUCUGGAGCCGAUUUGCUCUAGAAACACUAUCCCGUCUGAGGAAGGUCGCUUUAAGCGCGCCGACAGCGACUUCCGGUCAGUAAUGAAAGACGUCGCCAAGGAUUCACGUCUGUUGUCGUGGAUGCGACCUGGCCUCAAGGGAUUACUGCCCGGUGUGCUGGACCAGCUGCAGCGCUGCCAGAAAGCGCUGAGUGAUUUCCUCGAGACGAAACGUUUGGCAUUCCCAAGAUUUUAUUUCAUUGGUGACGAAGAUCUACUAGAAAUUCUCGGACAGAGUGGGAAUCCGAAAGUUGUGCAAACGCAUGUUAAGAAACUGUUUGCCGGUGUUCGGUCGGUGGCUUUCAAUCCCGGUGAUACGGAAAUCAUUGCCGUGACUUCGCCGGAAGGGGAAGUGAUGAAACUGUCUGGCCCGGUUAAAAUUACCGGAUUUGUAGAGGUAUGGCUGGCGGCAUUAUCGGAAGAACUGAAGCGCACUCUGCAGAUCUCAUUAAAAAACUGCUUGCUGGAAUCCGCCAAAAAAGAUUUGAUUUUUGCCUAUCCCGCCCAAAUUUUAAGACUGGUCGAUAGAAUCCGGUUCACGAAAGAAGUUGAGGCAACACUCCGGUCAGGAAAAAGCGAUCUGACUCAACUGCGAUCUGACCAACAGCAAAAGUUAAAUGAUUUGACAGGGAUACAGUACAACAAUGCCACGGAAGUCAAAACCGCUACUGUUCAGUCGUUGAUUUUGGACACAAUACACCGACUGGAAGUUCUGGAAACAUUAGUAACCGCUAAAGUGAACAGUAUCGAAAGCUGGUUGUGGCAGAAGCAACUUCGGUUUUACAGUGAGGCAAAUUCCAACGUGGUCGUUCGCAUGGUGGAUGCUGAAUUCGACUACAGCUUCGAGUACCAGGGAUGCUUUCCCGGACUGGUACACACGCCGUUGACCGAUAAAUGUUUCCUAACAUUAACUCAAGCGAUGUUGAUGGGGCUGGGUGGAAAUCCCUAUGGGCCCGCCGGCACGGGAAAAACUGAAUCGGUCAAAGAGCUUGGAGCACAGCUGGGUCGACAAGUGCUAGUAUUUAACUGCGAUGAGGGCAUCGAUCCUAAAUCCAUGGGACGCAUCUUCAUCGGAUUGUUGAAAUGCGGUGCAUGGGGGUGUUUCGACGAAUUCAACCGACUUGAUGAGCUAACUUUAUCCGCUAUCUCUACACAAAUUUUAGCCAUUCAAGCAGCAUUGAAGGACUCAUCCAAACAACUGGAACUUCUCGAACGCAAAGUGGAUAUCAACAAAAAUGCCGGUAUUUUCAUUACUUUGAACCCGGCUUCAAAAGGAUACGGCGGACGGGUUAGAUUACCGGAUAACUUGAAGCAGCUCUUCCGACCGGUGGCCAUGACCGUACCGGAUGCGCAACUGAUAGCCGAAGUUGUUUUACUGUCCGAAGGAUUCCAGUCUGCCAGAAUUCUGGGGAAAAAGCUGACAACUUUAUACAGCUGCUCCAAGGAACUUUUAUCGAAGCAACAACAUUACGACUGGGGUUUACGGGCCAUCAAGUCCACGGUCCAGAUGGGCGGACGAGCCAUUGCGCGACAUCGAAUUCAGUCCAAAGAAGAGCGCGUCAGUGAGACAGAGGAAACGGCCAUUUUGGUUCAUGCGCUAAGAUCGAACGUGGUAUCCAAAUUAACCGCUUUAGACCAGAAGCGUUUUGAGGAAAUGGUGCGGGAUAUUUUCCCCGGUUCAGGUGGUAGCCAAGCGGGGAAUGCGGAGCUGGAAGCGGCACUCACCGCUGCGUUCGCGGAGUUACGCCUGGUAGUCAAUGAUGCGCAGGUUCAAAAGGCUUUGGAACUGUCGGCACAAUUAGCGCAGCGGAUGGGUGUGGUAGUUGUUGGGCCUGCAGGAUCGGGCAAGACGACCAUAUGGAAACUGUUGACCACUGCCAUGAAAACGCUACAGACACCGGUCACUUUCCACCUUUUAAAUCCCACGUCCAUACCAAAAGCACAGCUGCUUGGUUCGGUGGAUGAAUCCACGCGCGAAUGGACAGAUGGCGUAUUAACAAGUUGCGUGCGAGAAGUCCUUAAAGAAGCCACUGAACAUCCAGCCUGGAUUGUGUUUGAUGGCGACAUUGAUCCUGACUGGAUUGAGUCGCUGAAUUCGGUUCUCGACGACAAUCGGUUGCUGACACUGGCUUCUGGGGAACGACUGCGGUUUCCGGCUAAUGUCAACUUCCUCUUCGAAACUAACGAUCUGUCAGCGGCUUCGCCAGCUACCGUGUCGCGAAUGGGAAUGAUUUUUCUUAGCUCCGAGAACGUGGUCAUGAGAACCAUUGUGGAAGCGUGGAUUAAGAAACAGCCGGAAACUUCUCAAACUGUCUUAGAGGAAUUUACCACUUCACUGCUGUUUCAGAUAAUUGAAAUGUUUAAAAAUAAGGAAGACCAAGCCGCUACUUUGACAGAAGUCGCCUUGUGUACCAAUAUUUUGUCUCAUCUCGUGGAUAUCACUGAUCGCGCUGACCUGGUUGUCCGUACGGUGCAGAGCCUGGGUGGAUUAUUGAAAAAUCAACAGCAGAGCGAUUUCGUUGUUGCGAUGCUGAAACUGGCUGGUUAUGAGCCCGUAGACAUGCAUCGGCCCAUUAAUGUGUUCUACGACCCUGACCAUGGCAUGCUCAGAUCGUUCCGAGUAAAGGAUCUGAAAGCGCUGGAAGUCACUGAACCAUAUUUUCCCUGCAUCACACAACAACUGGCCAUCUCGCGCAUUUUACCAUGGAUAGCGUCUGGGGAGAGUCUGCUGUUCUUUGGUCCCCCUUUAUGUGGAAAAAGCCGUGUUUUACAGCAGAUUUUUCAGCAGCUGCAGAUUCGCAGUGUUAUCGUUAUCUACUGCAGCAGUUCCACCUCGGGCCAGGUCAUUAUUCAGAAGCUGAAGCAGAACUGUUUGUCGAUACCGGCUGCUAAUGGGCGGAUUAUGCGCCCCAAAGGCUCCGACAGAUUGGUGGUCUGUGUUAAGAAUUUGCACGUUGUUAAAAGGGAUCGUUGGGGUCAUUCGCAAGUCGAGGCGUUACUGCGCCAGAUGAUUUCUCAAGGAGGAUUUUACGACUCUAAUGCGGAUUGGAUUCAAUUGGACGGUGUGCAGUUUAUUGCAACAAGCCAUAACGAGAGCAGCGGAAUUAUUUCCGAUCGUCUGACUUCCGUCAUGCGAGUGACGUAUUUGGGCAAUCCUGAUAUGGAAGAUCUGCAAGCCAUAUCGACCGGUUAUCUGCAGAUAGUUCUUACCAGCAACAGUAAAAGCCAUCCUGUUUGGUCGCAGCUACGGAAUAUCGAAAAGUUGGCUACCACAGUGACAUUAGUUUUCACCAAGUUGUUUGAGCGUUUCGGCCAGAAUGGUCCGUUGCACUAUUCCGUGACCUUGAAAGAUUUGGUUCUAUGGAUCAGCAAUCUCGUUCGUUACGAUUGGGCCGAUCAGAACGGAACGGCCUUACUGUCAGCAGCGGCCUUUGAAGCAUCACGCGUGUUUCGGGAUAAACUGAUGACAUCCAGUGACGGCGCCUUCUUUGAUGCAGCACUACUAAGCUGUUUCAAACGCGACUGGCCGACCGCAGGUAUCGACCUCGACACGCUGUUCAGCAGCAUGGGUGCGUCUGCGGGAGGCGUGGUAGACGGGGCUCCUCUGCCGAAGUUCGGACGUCCACUUGGAAAGACCAAGGAAGAGGAAGUGCGCUUGUCUAUUGCAAACGCAGUGCGAAGAAUAAAUCGGGAAUCGGUUGAUAUGGAAGUUUAUGUCCACUCUGACGUAGUCAAGGGCGUAUUGCGGACUGACCAUUGGUUGGGUGUGCCGGGCGGCUCCGUAUUGUUAAUGGGACCGAGCGGAUGUGGGCGGCGGUCGAUGGCUGUCAUCGCCUGUAAAUCCCAGCAGGCGCUGGUCUGUCGGCCGAAAAUCGUCAGGGAUUAUUCCCUGCGCAACUUUCGAGUGGAUCUGAAGAAGGAACUAGAAGUUGCUUACAAACGGAAUGAGAACACGGUGUUCAUUCUUGAAGACUAUCAGCUGACCGACCCGCUAUUUUUGGAAAUACUCUGCACGAUUCUACAAAGUGGAGAAAUCGACUAUCCAGGUUUGUACACGGAUGAGGAAUUGGAAAAGUUGUAUGGAAGCGUUGCGGAAGAGCUGGCGCAAGAGGGAUUUGAUGGAACACCGGCAGCCUUUAUAAACAAUCGGAUUCGGAGGAACUUUCACUGUAUCUUCACUCUGGAAACAAACACCCGCCGGGCACCGGUGCUGUUUGAGCGCAUUCCAGUCUUGACGACAAUAUUCCACAUUGUUUGGAUGGAGAGCCUGGCUACAUCAGUUCUUGCAACGAUCCCGGAAACGAUCAUGGUUGCAGGAAGUCCCACUACAGACCGUCCGAAUGUUGAGUCACCUCAAUUAGCAGCUUUUUUGACUCUGAUUCAUCAAAACAGCCCAGAAAAACUGCGCUCGACCUCACGAUUUAUUCAGUUAAUUCGGACAUACCGUGCCGUUAGAGAAACGAUGCUGGCCGACAACCGGAAGGCUAGCGAACGGUUCCAGGCCGGCCUGGAUCAAUUGAAUAAGGCACAGAACGCUGUGAUGGGACUGAAACGGGAAGUCACGCAGCAGCAUAACGCCUUGGCAGAUAAGCAAGAAGAAGCUCGCAGAGCUAUGGAUGAGAUUCGAGAAAGCAUGGCAGGCGCGAACACACAGAAGGAGGAAGUGACGGUACUACGUGCGGACUUGGAAGCGGAAAAGGUCAAAUUGCAACAGCGGGAGCAGCUGAUCGCCAAAGAACUGCAAGAUGUACUCCCCAUGUUAGAAGCGGCUAAGCAGUCCGUAACAGCCAUUAAAACAACCGAUCUCAGUGAAAUUAAAUCACUUCGAGCGCCACCGGCGGUUAUCCAUAAUAUCUUGGAAGGUGUGUUGAAGCUGUUUGGAAACAAGGAUACAUCAUGGUCUGGAAUGCGCGCGUUUCUUAGCCCGACGAUUAAAGAGGAAAUCGUGCACUUUAACGCCGACAAGGUGUCCAAGGAGCACCUUAAGCUAACGCAGCAGCUGCUCGAGAAAUAUCGAACUUCCUUCGAAGAGGAAACAGCUAAAAGGGCCUCCGCGGCUGCAGCGCCAUUGGCCGCUUGGGUGCGCGCUUGUUGUCGCUAUGCCGAAGUUCAUGAGAAGAUUGCUCCGCUGGCCCAGGAAAAACGAAAAUUAGAAAGUACAAUCGAAAUGCACGCAAAAAGGGUCACUAGCGCGGAUAAGGAUUUGGGCAACCUGAGCACCCGGAUCGACAUGCUGCAAGCCAGAUUUCAGCAACUGACGGAAGAGGCUGCGUUCAUGAAGCUGGAACUGAACCGUUUGACAGAGCGCCUCAAAGUAGCGGAAUUUCUCGUGGAGAAGCUGGAAAGCGAAUACUCGCGGUGGUCAAGUCAGUUGAAAAAUUAUGCCGAAGCCGCAAAAGCUGUUCAAAACAACGCCCUUAUUGCCGCCGGUUUUAUCGUUUACUUGGCAUCCUGCAGCGAAGACGAGCGUUUGGCUUAUGUAAAUUCCUGGAAAGACAACUUAAAAGUGGAGUCUUUUGACUUGGCUGAUCAUUUGACAACAGAGACAACGCGCCUAGAAUGGCGUACGCAGGGUUUGGCGGCGGAUACGCUAUCUGUGGAGAACGCUGUUAUCCUCCAGUGCGCUCUAUCAACCUGUUUGAUUGUCGAUCCGACCGGAAAUAUUCUGGUCUGGCUCAAAGCAUCACUGAAAUCAAAGAACGCGGAGGUGGUGGACCAAGAGGAUGCCAACUUUCAGUCGGCUGUGGAGAUGGCCGUCCGUUUUGGUAAAUCACUGAUCGUUGAGGUGGCUGAUGCUGUGGACGGGUUUCUGGUGGCACUGCUGCGCCGUGACCUUAUAAAGCAGGGAAGUCGAAUGCAGGUGGAAAUGGGCGAUAAAUUAAUUGAUUAUCAUCCGCAAUUCCGCUUGUAUCUCAUUUCCCGCAAUCCUUCGAUUGAAUCACAACUGCAUCCACAAAUUGCAUCGUUAAUCAACGUCGUCAGUUUUACGGCUACUCGCGCCGGCUUAGCCAAUCAGCUGUUGAGUCUCGUGAUCGAAAGCAAGCUGCCGCAAGUUGAACAGCGCCGUCGCGCUUUGGUCCAAGAGCAGGAGUCGCUUCGCGUCCAACUAACAGAACUGGAAAACGCUCUGCUGUUAGAAUUGUCCAACAGCCAAGGGAAUAUUCUUGAAAAUACUGAAUUGCGGGAAUCUUUGGCAAAGACGAAAUCCUCGUCGGAUACUGUUGAGAAAAAUCUUAACGAAUCCAAGAAAAUUAAGGAGACGCUCGACCGCGAUCAGGCGAUCUUCUCCGUACUGGCUACAAAAUGUUGCAGUAUUUAUUUCGCUCUGCAACACCUGCACCAACUGAACGACUUGUAUCGGUUCAGUUUGCAGACCUUUAUCGACAUUUUCCGUAAAGCUGUGGAGAAUUUGGCCAAAAACGAAGAAGUGAAGGAUCAGCUGCAGAAAUUCUGUGCGGUGGCAUUUUACCAAGUCAUUCAUUACGUCUAUCAUCACGUCGCACGCGCGGUUUUUAAGAAAGACCGGCUGACCUUUCUUUUGCUUUUGAUCAAAUCUGUGCGACCGGAACUGAUUAAGAACGAAGAGUGGGAUUUUCUUCUGUCGCUUAAAACUAGAGCGUCUUUUGCUACGGAUCAAGCGGUAAAUGCGCCUUGGUUAGAGAAGGAUAAACAGGGUAUGUUAGCGGAAGUUGUAAGAAGGUUACCGGGGGUACGGGACGCCUUGGAUCUGCAAGACGCGACCGGUUGGAGCAAAUUCAUGGCACAUUCGCACUGUGAGACAGCGCUUCCGGCUGGGGCAAAACUGACACCGUUCCAACAGGUGUUGAUCAUCGCCGUCCUGCGACCCGAUCGAAUGAUCAGUGUCCUGACAGGAUUUGUGGGGAAAGGGCUGAAGCUUCCAGAUCUGGCGGCGGAUACGACAUUGAAAACAGUUUUUGGGGAAAGCAAAGAAACUAUACCGAUUCUCAUUCUGGUUUCCGCUGGUUCUGAUCCGUCACAAGAAAUUCUCGGCUUAGCACAAGAACGAAAUGUUCAGUGCCAACAGUUCGCAAUGGGCCACAAAGAGGAUGAAAACGCAGCCGAUGCGAUUAAAGAAGCAGCAAAAAAGGGAUUUUGGUUAUACCUGAAGAAUCUGCAUUUGUUGCCGACAUUUUUCAACCGAAUACUAAAGGAGGUUAAGGACGCUGGUCAGCCGUCUCCAUCUUUCCGUUUAUGGAUAACAACAGAAGCGAUUAGCAAUAUCCCAUCACUCUUGCUGGAAACAUCGCUCAAGUGUGUUUACGAAGCACCUCCCGGCGUUAAGCAAAACAUUCUGCGUUCUAUCAAAGAAUCGUCCGAAUUGUUCAAACCUCUUUCCGGGUCUUCAUCCGUUCGUCCGGGUUUGAUUUUGUAUUGGCUCAACGCCAUUCUCCAGGAACGUCGCAACUACCUGCCGGUGGGGUGGACCAAGUUUUACGAAUUCACCAGUAGUGAUUUAAACGCUGCACUUCGGAUAAUUGGCAAAUACGGAAAGGGUGCAAAAAGUGGUGGCUACUUGGAAGAGUACAUUCGCGGCUUAUUGGAGAUUGUCAUUUAUGGCGGCCGUGUUGAUUCGCCAUGCGAUUACAACAUGCUGUCCUCAUUCGUUCGCAGCUAUUUUUCGGGGGAUUCCCUAUCGAAAGAUGAUCUGGGAAGAGAACUGAGUGGAAAAUUUCAGCCCAGUUUGAAAUCUCUGGGCGAUUUUGACGGCUACGUGCAGACCUCUCUGCCGGAAAUAGAUGAGCCGGAACUGUUAGGAUUACCGGCAAAUAUCGACGCAUCGCAUCAGGCUAACGAAGGCUUGGCGGUGGUGAAAGAUUUGCAGCUACUGCAACAUUUCAAAGAAGCAAAGCUCACUGAAAUUGGGGACGAUUCUGUAGAGGCUGUCAACAUGUUAUUGAAUGUCGUCCAGAAGACGAAAGAGAAACUGGAAAGGUUUGUGUCCGACCAUGGAGAAAUGGAGCAAAUCAGCGCAGUGGCAUGGUACUUUUAUUACGAAGGCAUUUUCGCCUUGAAUUUGUCUGCCUACAUGCAAGAUCAGCUGAUGACCAUCGCUUCGCAUGGGCGUAACCUGGACGCCCUGCCGAAAGAAGUUCAAGCCACCGCCAAGAGCAUUUUGCACCACGAAACUCCGGAAUCUUGGCAAAAUUUGUGGUGCGGCCCUGCAGAACCCGCAGCGUAUAACCGCGCGGUGGAAAGGUUAUCUCAAGGCGUUGCAGAAGGAAUGGCAAAAGUUCGGCGAAACAAUCUGUAUGCCAGUCCGAUUGAUGUUCGCGAACUAUUCAAUCCUGAAAACCUUAUUGCGUCACUGCGGCAACUUGCCAGCAGAGAAACCGGUAGUCCCGCGGAAACAUUAGUAUUUUAUAACGAGUGGUCACUCCGUGCGCUAAAAUCCGUCUACACAACCGCGGUUAGCGGCUUGCAUUUGGAAGGUGCGCUGUUCGAUGGGAAGAUAUUGACUGAAUGCCAAUACAGCUCACCGGGAAUCAAUCUGGUGACACCUUGUCACGUGGCCUGGUUACCAGAAGUACGGAUAACGGAUAACUGAGCGAGGCAAUCAAAGCAGCUCUAUCUAUUGUUUUUUAGAAAAUUGUGCCAAAGCCGGAUAAAAGCGAAGUCCGGCUACCGGUGUUCAACACGCCUGCCCGCGAUAAAUUAGCGUUUUACUUAAUGGUUCCAUGUGAAGGAAAUCCGUCCAGAUGGUUACGGGCCGGU